AUGGAUAGGUUACAUUCUUCCAUGCGCAAUCGUGUAUACAGUUUGCCCCAGCAUAUUGGACCUAAAGCAACAAUGAGCGGUGAUGGAGAAGACGGCGACAAGGACACUCGGAGGAAAAGUGUCAAGAUGCAACAUCUGCCUUCUCCCUCCGCCACCGGCAGCACAAAGGGCAUCUGUGACACCAAAGGCGGAGAGACAGAGCCAGAUGUAGGGAGAGUCUUUAGAACGAACGUGAAUGGGGAUUGUCGGAGGUUUAAAGGCAGUCUGUCUUCCAUCAGCAGUCGACAUUCAAAUUCAGCUGAGCAGCGGCGUCUCAUCACUGAAACAGACGGCAGCCCCACGGAUGACAACCCCAGCGACGAGCCGGGUUCCGGAGGAGACCAGGGGGCGCAGGGUGAUGGGGCAGGGGCCACCGGUGGCGCGGGGGCCGAGGAAGCGUCUCAUAGUGACCAGCCUAGUUUCAUAAAGUUAGAGGGGAUCGAUCAAAUCAUGUCGGACGACGACAGGAUGUAUCAGUCUGCUGGCUUCAUGCACAGACAGUUUGGCGCGAUGCUGCAGCCAGGGGUCAACAAGUUCUCCCUGCGAAUGUUCGGAAGUGAGAAGGCAGUGGAGCGCGAGCAGGAGCGGGUCAAGACAGCGGGCUUUUGGAUCAUUCAUCCUUACAGUGACUUCAGGUUCUACUGGGACCUGAUCAUGCUGCUGCUGAUGGUGGGCAACCUGAUCAUCAUUCCGGUGGGCAUCACCUUCUUCAAGGACGAGCACACGCCAGCCUGGAUCGUCUUCAACGUGGUCUCGGACACCUUCUUCCUAGUGGACCUGGUACUCAACUUCCGCACGGGCGUGGUCAAGGAAGACAGCACAGAGAUCAUUCUGGAACCGCGGGAGAUCAAGCGACGCUACUUGCGCAGCUGGUUUGCCGUGGACUUCAUCUCCUCCAUCCCCGUGGACUACAUCUUCCUGAUCGUGGAGACGCGCAUCGACACGGACUUCUACAAGACGGCGCGUGCGCUCCGCAUCGUGCGCUUCAUGAAGAUCCUCAGCCUGCUGCGGCUGCUGCGCCUCUCGCGCCUCAUACGCUACAUCCACCAAUGGGAGGAGAUCUUCCACAUGACGUAUGACCUGGCGAGUGCCAUGGUGCGCAUAGUGAACCUGAUCGGCAUGAUGCUGCUGCUGUGCCACUGGGACGGCUGCCUCCAGUUCCUGGUGCCCAUGCUGCAGGACUUCCCCGCCGACUGCUGGGUGGCCAAGAACAAAAUGGUGAAUGACACGUGGGGUCAGCAGUACUCCUAUGCCCUCUUCAAGGCCAUGAGUCACAUGCUGUGUAUUGGGUACGGCAUGUACCCGCCCGUGGGCAUGACGGACGUGUGGCUCACCAUCCUCAGCAUGAUCGUGGGCGCCACCUGCUACGCCAUGUUUGUGGGCCACGCCACCGCGCUCAUCCAGAGCCUGGACUCCUCGCGACGCCAGUACCAGGAGAAGUACAAACAGGUGGAGCAGUACAUGUCCUUCCACAAGCUUCCAGCGGACAUGCGGCAGCGUAUCCAUGACUACUAUGAGCACCGCUACCAGGGCAAGAUGUUUGAUGAGGAGAGCAUCCUGGGAGAACUCAACGAGCCGCUACGAGAGGAGAUAAUAAGCUUUAACUGUCGAAAGCUGGUGGCCACCAUGCCCCUGUUUGCCAACGCGGACCCCAACUUCGUGACGUCCAUGCUGACCAAGCUGCGCUUCGAGGUCUUCCAGCCGGGUGACUACAUCAUCCGCGAGGGCACGGUGGGCAAGAAGAUGUACUUCAUCCAGCACGGCGUGCUGAGCGUGCUCACCAAAGGGAGCAAGGAGACCAAGAUCUCAGAUGGGUCCUACUUUGGAGAGAUCUGUUUGUUGACACGAGGUCGGAGGACGGCGAGCGUGCGGGCGGAGACCUACUGCCGUCUGUACUCGCUGUCUGUCGACCACUUCGACGAGGUGCUGGAGGAGUACCCCAUGAUGAGGAGAGCCUUCGAAACCGUGGCACUGGAUCGCCUGGAUCGGAUUGGGAAGAGGAACUCGGUCCUGCAGCACAAGGUCCAGCACGACCUGAACUCGGGCGAGCAGGACGGCCUCGAGACGGAGAUCAUCCAGCAGAUUGUGCAGCACGACCGCGACAUGGCCCACUGUGCCCACCUCAUCCCCACCACCCCGACGGGGGUCGCCCCUCACGGCCCGGACCCAGCUCACGUCAUCUGGGCUCCCCUCAUCCAGGCGCCGCUACAGGCCGCCGCCGCCACCACCUCCGUGGCCAUCGCCCUGACCCGCCACCCCCACCUGCCCCACGCCCUCUUCCGUCCCCCCGCUGCCCCUCUGGGCUCCCUGAAGGGGGGUGGCUCCCAGGUCAGGAGGUACCCCUUUGGGGCGUCCCCGUUUGCUGAACCUGCCUCUGCCUCUGGCGCUGGCCACAGCCCCUCCCAGUUCUCCUCAGGGGUGGAGACCCCCAUUCUGGACUCGCUUCGGGCCAAGCGCUCCUCCUGCACCUCUCUCCUCUCUGGCCCCCCGUCCCCGUCCUCGUCUCGCUCCCUCCUCUCUGUGGUCGCCACCACCAUCACCACCACCACCACCUGCACCACCAGCGUUACCUCACCGUCACAGCCAGGGGGCGCCCCUGCUCCCCGCCCCCAAAGACACCCUUCGUCCUGCGUGUCCACGUGUUCCAGUUCUGCCCAGCUGCACCCUCCGCCCAAACACGUGGCCCACAGCCAGCCCAUGUCCAUCUCCCCAGACCCCCUGCCCACCACCACGCCGCUCCCUGGCUUCUUCCAACAGGGGGCGCCGCCGACGGGACGAGUGCCGACGACGGGGCGGGCCGCUCGGCAGUUCCACUCUGUGGCCACCGGGGGCUCCAGCCUGGCGCCGCUCAUCGCCAGCUCCAUCAACCCCAUCCUCAGCCAGCUGCAGGCGGCCCAGCUGCAGGCCAGCAAGCCCGGCCAGGAGCUCAUCCGGCUGGGCCGCACCUCUGCCAACCAGCCCUUCGCCCUCUACUCAGCAGCCGCCGGCACUGCCGCUGGGUCCCCGAUCGCCACCCCCCACACCCGUCUGGAGCAGCGCUCACCGCGGGCACCCGCAUCUCCCCUGUCUGCCCCCUCGCCCCUUCCAACCCGCUCCCCGCUGCCAUCCUCCUCCUCUCCCCAGCCGCUUCCCUCACCCCUGCCAGCCUCCUCGCCAAUGCCUACCUCCUCUCCUCUUCCUGCACCCUCGCCCCUGGCAGUUCCCUCUCCGAUGCCAACCCCAUCGUCGAUGCCCUCCUCCUCUCCACUGCCAGCUGCUCCGGCCCCGGCGGGGCCCGGGGGACGGCAGGUGGUGGUGACGCCGGUGCUGUCGCCGGCGUCCUCGGCUCUGGCCUCCCUGGCGCAGUACGGUUCGCGCACCGGCUCUCCGUCCCCCUCGAACACGCCCCCUGUACACAGCCCCCUGUUACACAGCCCCCUACUGGACAAACACUGGCAGCGCGGUGGCGGCGGUGGCGGCGGCGGUGGCGGCGGCAGUGGCGGUGGCAGCCCCGGUGUCCCCGGUAGCCCGGUGCAGACUCCCUGCGGGUCGGGGUCGCCAGCAUGGGCUUCCUCCCUGGCCGCCCCGCCGCGUGCCCUCUUUCCCCCCCAGCUGCCCAGCCCACACAGGGAGGUGUGCGUGGUGGACCUGACCCCCCACCCCCAGACAGCUCGCGGUAGCCCCCCACACAGGGACGAUGCGCGUGGGGUCGAGCUGCCCUUACAGGACCUUAGCACCAUCACGACUUCACACUCCACCACCACCACCACGCCGCCACGGCUCAAACAGGGGUCGGAGGUCACGGCGGGGGCGUCCCCAGUGAUGUGCUCUUUCUCCACGUGCACCUCUUCCCCAACACUCGGUGGCAGCAGCAGCAAACCCUUGUCCACCAUAUCGGGUCACAUGACCCCGGCCACCACCACCCAGACUCCUGUCUCCCCUCUGUCCCCAGCACUCCAGGCAGGGGCUGCGGCAGCACCGACGAGCCUCCCGCGGCCCGCUUCUGGCCCAGGGACGCCCAGGGGCCGGGCGGGCUCUCAGCCCAAAAUGCCCUCAAACUUAUGA